CUGCGCAUGUUGCAUGACAGGUACACACACAAGGCUCCAUCUUGGCAACCCUUUACCAAUGCAAAAGGACAGAACAAUACAGAUUGCGUUAAAAUAAUUUCAAUCAAACAGUUAAGACAAGCAAAGACGACCCUCUGUCGUGAAUGCACGCUAUUCCAACGGGCGCAUUCCGAGCUCACUGAGAAAACGACGAGCAGAAUGCGAUACAGACGGAGACUGGUCAUCAUGAAGACUCUUUAACGACCGAUUGCACUGUCAGCGCGAUCUGUGGAACAACGACUGAUACCGUAUUGAAAUGGCUCAGCUGAGAUGUAAUAUGAAGGCGCUAAAGGUGAUCUACUUGUUGCUAAUCAUUUGUCUGUGGAUGGAAGGAGGAUUCAGCAAAGAAAAAUCAAAAGGAAAGGGAAAGAAGAAAGGAAAGCAGGUGGACUGUCCUUCUGAGCUGUCACAAGAAGACCUGGCACGGGUUCCUGAAAACUCUACAAGUAACAUCCUUAACAGACUUUUGGUCAGUUAUGACCCAAGAAUCAGGCCCAACUUCAAAGGUAUUCCUGUAGAGGACCGUGUGAACAUCUUUAUAAACAGCUUUGGAUCAAUCCAGGAGACAACUAUGGACUAUCGAGUGAACAUCUUCUUGAGACAGCGUUGGAACGACCCCAGACUCAGGCUUCCUCAAGACUUCAAGUCUGAAUCGCUCACCGUCGACCCUAAGAUGUUCAAAUGUUUGUGGAAACCAGAUCUCUUUUUCGCCAAUGAAAAGAGCGCUAACUUCCAUGACGUUACUCAGGAGAACAUCCUACUCUUUAUCUUCAGAAACGGAGACGUCCUCAUCAGCAUGAGGUUGUCAGUGACCCUCUCUUGUCCGCUGGACUUGACGCUCUUCCCCAUGGAUACCCAGCGAUGCAAAAUGCAGCUUGAGAGCUUUGGCUACACCACAGAUGAUUUGCAGUUCAUGUGGCAGUCUGGGGACCCUGUGCAGAUGGAUGAAAUUGCUCUACCUCAGUUUGAUAUUAAACAAGAGGACAUUGAAUAUGGCAACUGCACUAAGUUCUACGCAGGGACAGGCUACUAUACCUGCGUGGAGGUGAUCUUUACUCUGAGGAGGCAGGUGGGCUUCUACAUGAUGGGUGUGUACGCCCCCACCCUGCUCAUCGUGGUUCUCUCCUGGCUCUCCUUUUGGAUCAACCCUGACGCCAGCGCCGCUCGUGUGCCUUUGGGGAUCCUGUCAGUUCUUUCUCUCUCUUCCGAGUGCACCUCUCUGGCCUCUGAACUGCCCAAGGUCUCCUAUGUGAAAGCCAUUGACAUCUGGCUGAUUGCCUGUUUGCUUUUUGGCUUCGCCUCUCUGGUCGAAUAUGCCGUGGUUCAGGUGAUGCUUAACAGCCCUAAACGCUUGGAGGCGGAGAGAGCAAAGAUGGCCUGCAAGGAGAAGGCGGAGGGAAAGACCCCUGCCAAAAACACCAUCAACGGUGUGGGGACCCCAAUACACGUCAGCACGCUCCAGGUGUCAGAAACAAGGUGUAAAAAGGUGUGCACCUCCAAGUCAGAUUUGCGCACCAAUGACUUCAGCAUCGUAGGCUCUCUGCCGCGAGACUUUGAACUCUCGAACUUCGACUGCUACGGCAAACCCAUUGAAGUCAGCACUGCUUUAGGCAAAUCGCAAGCCAAGAACAACAAGAAGCCUCCACCCGCUAAACCUGUCAUACCUUCAGCAGCCAAACGCGUUGAUCUCUAUUCCCGCGCACUCUUCCCAUUUACCUUCCUGUUCUUUAAUGUCAUUUACUGGUCUGUGUAUUUGUGAUCAUGUAACAACCUUCUUUCAUCCAUCCGUCUUUUGCCUCCAUCUUGCCCGCCACAUACAAUCUGUAACUCAGGCAUCAAACAGAACUAUGCCAUAGUCACUAAAAUACUGAGAAUUUAAGAGAAUUAUUCAAUUUUUUACAUUUAUGUAUUGAGCAUAUGCGUUUAUUCAGAGCUAUACAGACACAUUUACAUAACACAUUACAUGAAAACAUUUGGAAUGAAACAAAGCCUUGCUUGAAACAUUGCUCGGAGAGAUCUGUUUUUUUCACCUAUGUUUAAUUUAUGCACAAAAAUGAGGAAAUUUAUCUUGCAUGUGGAAUAUUAUUAUAUAGUAUCUAAAAUAUAUGUUAUUUUUGACCUAUACAUCAGCUGGUGAGUUGAUGGUUGUAUAUUUGUAGCGAUUAACACUGCCAUGAGAACUCUUGAUGAUGUUCCUAUUAUAAGCAUUCCAAUUCCAAGCGAGUGUAAAAAUCAAAGAAAACCAAACAUAUCUUGUCUUGUAAAAACAACCAUCAAUAAAGGGUCCAAUGUCUCAGCUGA